CAGACGAUGCGCAGAACGUCAAAAAAGUUCGAACCUUUACGAAGUUUUCAUUCAAACUACAAACUUUGGGUGCAGUGAACAUAAGAAUAUUUAGCGAACACUGAACUUCACCCAGACCCAGGAGGAAAGCCUGAACUCUAAAUGAAAUGAUCUACGAUCCCCAAUCAACAGGAAAAGAGAAAGCCGACAGCGAGCGGGACCCAAAGACCAGGUAGCGACGACAAGCGAAGUGGACCGCCGCCCACAACCCAGGACCCGACAGAAAACAGGCAAGGGAGUCCGAAUGCUCAACUAAUUAACUUAGCUGACCUGCCUGUUGCUUCUAUGAUCAAAGUCUUACAAAAUCUGUGUGUUCUGCAAGUUUUGCUUCCAAAGCUGAGACUCAUCCCCCAGAGACCUCAAGCAUUCUCUUCACUUAGACUGAUCCACAUGGGCACGCAGGAGCACAGUCACAACUUUUACAAACUCACCCCAGUAAAGUUGGGGUGCGAAGUCAGAGGGAUCGACCUGAAGCAAGAUGUUCCACCAGAAGUUAUGGCAGCUAUCAAGGAAGAUGUCACUAAACACAGGCUAUUAAUUUUCAAGGACCAAGGUGUUGUGAGUGGGGAGAGACAUGUGGAAAUCGCCAAGUGGUUCAAUGAGCCUGAGUCAACCUUCUAUAAGCAUCCACGAUCACCACAUCCAGAUGUGUUUCGAGUGUCCAAUGAUCGAUCAGAGGGUUGCACAAAUGUUGGACGUACAGGAUGGCACAUAGAUGGCAGUUUUCAAGAGGCACCAUUUGCAUAUGCACUCUACCAUAUGGUCAGCGUGCCAAGCAAUGGUCCAACCGUCUUUGCUCCGUUGACAGAUAUAAUAGAAGAGCUGCCAAGGGAGCAAAGAAUUCGAUGGGAGAGGUUGUACAUGAUUAGUGACAGAAGGUCUGGUCCAAUCCACCCCCUUAUUUACUCGCAUCCUAUAACAAAGAUGAAGGUACUCUGUUUCCACUUGGGCAUGACAGACUCCUUCAUCUGGGACUACAAGACUCCACAGGAGCGCAUCACUAAAGAAGAGGAGACCUAUUCUUUGCUACAAGAAAUUCACCAUGAAUUCAUAAAGAAUAAUAAAGUUCGGCAGUUUAGCCAUCAGUGGGAAGUUGGAGACUUCAUCAUAUCAGAUAACCUCUCUGUGGGACAUGAGGCAGCUCCUGAAACUCAGCUCCCCAGAAGUCAAGUAGGCCUAAGGAUCCUCCACCGUGUCACAACCAAAGGCCAUUAUCCUCCAGCAAAGGAGUAUGAUUAUCGCAAAGAACUAGGACUCUGAAGUCUGAUCACUUUGGGAACUCAUAUGCUUUAAAUUAUUUCUCAUAGCAUGGCCAAUGAUACCCUUCUGAGAGUGCUAUAAUGAGCAUAGGCAUUAACUUGUAUUAAAAUGCCUCUGACUGAAAAUACAAUUUGUAUUAGGGAAAUGCAGGUAGUUAUUGAAAAUAUUGUGGAAGGCUUCAGUAAUCUGUAUAUGCAAAGAUACAUGUACGAGGUAUGUUCAAUAAGUAAUGAGAAAUUUUUUGGAGAGGCAUUAUUUUUUUUGAAGCUUACAAAACUUGGUCAAGUUCAACAUAACUGCCUCUCACAGCUACACACUUGCACAGGUGUUUAUCCUGGAAGACCUAUUAAACCUUCUGCAGUCCAUUCAGUUACUUUGCCAAUGCCUCCUUCAUCUCCUGUUUAGUCAAAUUCAAACUUCCUUCAUGUUGUUUUUCAUGAGAGAGAAAGGGAAAAGGUCACUGGGGGUGUGGUUGGGACUGUAUUGCAAGAAUGGUACUAUUUCCUUUCUUUUGUUGGCCACAAACCUAUGGCAUAGGGCACUGUCCAGCACCUUUCUCCACUACUCCAUUGCUAUGGUCUCUUUUUCCUCAUUGUAUCCCUGAACCUUUUCCCAUUUUGAUACAAUGCUCCUUGUUGCCAGCUUGGCCUUCAAGAAACCUUUGAGAAGGAAUGAGCACAAGAGAGGUGAAAAAAAAAUGAGAAUGGCUUUCUCCUAUGAUAUGCUCAUCUUUGCCUUCUUUGUGUUUCUAUUGGGCUCUCUGAUACUUGCUUUCAGGGUCGUUGGGGAAUAUGACCCUCAUGUACUGCAACUAUGUACAUGUAUAUAUUUGAUCAGUUGCUAUCAUCCCAAGAAUAUCACUACAGUCCUCCUUAUGAAACUGCACUUGGUGGUUGGAGAGGAGCUGUAGCACAAUCUGGCACAAACCUUCAUUCAGCAUUGUAUUGACUGUACCAUUGCUGGUACUGACAGCCUUAAAUAACACCCUCAGAUGGAUGGGCUUACAUCACUAACUUUUGUACUACCUUGAUGUUUUCUUCCUUGCACACAUUUCGGUAUUUCAGAUCUGUUCUUCUCCUCAACCUGAUCUUUUCCUUCACAAAACAUUUGAGGUUCUUUUUUGUUUUUUCAAGUUUAUCCCAAAGUUAGAUUGAAUAGCAUUUUUUUUGCUACAUGUUGGUAGGUGUUGACAUACUGGCAAAGAGGAUCAGACUUACUGUGGCUCAUCUACUGUAGUGCUCAAACCUGGGCAGAUAGGAAGCUGUAAGUUGUUAUCAAAACUGACUAAUUGCAGAUUUAGUUCACCAUGGACUGGUAUGCAAAUUAAACAAUAUUGAUAUCUCCACAAAAAUUUUCUCAUUACUAAUUGAACAUACCUUGUUAUGAAAAGUCAGAGUAUGCUUAUGUCUAACACUCACACUGCUAAAGAUAGACAUUUAGUACGAUACCCAUACACAGUCUUACUUCUUUUUGUCAACCACCAACUUCUACUGUAUUAUACUGAUGAGCAUUAAAUAAGAUGUUAGUGUCA